AUGCUUCUGAUUGCCUACAAGGCCGUGAUUAUCGCCGUAGCAGCAGCAGCUGCAGGGAACUCUCCGAACUUUCAUGGUUGUAUUUCCGAUGUGGCGAAGCAGUUCCCUUACUGUGAUGCAUCUUUGCCGAUGGACAAGAGGCUCGACGACCUUGUAUCAAGAUUAAACCUCACCGAGAAACUUCAGCAAAUAACCCCGCAGGCUGACCUUGGCAGCACUUGUACCACAUUCACGCGUGGCAGCAGUCGGCUCGGAAUUCCUGAGUGGCUCUGGCUUGUUGAGACAAACACCAACGUUGCCUCUGGAUGUCCAAAGGAGGGACAUUGUGCCACGACCUUCGUUGGCCCAAUGGGCCUCGGGGCCUCUUUUAAUCGCACAUCGUGGCGGUUGAAGGGGACCGUGUUUGGGAACGAGAUGCGCGCAUUUACAAACAUAGGGGCGUCUAGGUUUCAGCCUGAUGGGAAGAAUCCGAUCGGGUUGACUGGCUUCGGACCUAAUAUCAACAUCGCGCGCGAUCCAAGAUUCGGAAGGGCAUCCGAGCUUCCAGGAGAAGACCCCGUUCUCUCUGGAAUCUAUGCGCAUGAAAUGGUGGCUGGCAUGCAAGAGAAGGAUCAAUCUGGGUACCCCAAAAUGGUUACUUUUCUCAAGCAUUUCACCGCUUAUUCUACGGAACGCAACCGUGGACAUGACACAUAUAAUAUCAGCAUGUACGAUUGGUUUGACACGUACCUUCCACAGUAUGAGAGGGUGUUCACGCAAGAUCCCAAGCCAGUCGGGGUCAUGUGCUCAUACAACGCAGAGAACGGAAUUCCAUCGUGCGCAAACGAAUUCUUGUUGAACCAGCAGCUUAGAUCGUGGAGCCCCGAUGCCAUGGUCACGACGGAUUGUGGUGCUGUCAAAAACCUCAAGGGUUUCCCAGUGAACGCGCCAGACGAUAUGCAUGCUGCAGCAUAUGCCCUUAUGAAUGGGACAGAUUUGGAGAUGGGCGAGUCUAUUUUCGGAGUGUUGGACAAGGCUAUUGCCGCUGGACUCGCAACAGAAAAAAGACUGAAUGAAGCUGUGCGCAGGAGCUUCAAGGUCCUCUUCCAAGUCGGGCGCUUCGACCCCCCAGAGGCUUCGGAGUGGUCGAAAUUUGGCCUCGACACCAUCAACAGCACCUUUCAUCAGCAGGUUUCCUAUGAAGCUGCUUUGCAGAGUUUGGUUCUCUUGAAGAACUCUGGCAUCGAUGGAGAUGGGGACCAGAGGACUUUGCCCCUGAAACAGGGGAGUCGUGUGGCUGUUGUUGGUCCUCAAGCUGUUACAAGGGCUGGUUUGUUGUCGGAUUACGCAGCGGAUCAGCAAUGCUUCGGAGGGGACGACCAUUGCAUCGGGACCAUCGCGGAAGGCAUCGCUGCGGCCAACGUUGGUGGGGUGACAACGUCUGCGCAGGGCGUUGAAGUAAACAGCAAAAAUACGGAUGGGAUCAAGGAGGCGUCAGAUAUAGUCUCUGCAGCCGAUGUUGUGGUGCUCGUUCUGGGCAAUGAUAAGACCAUCGAGCAUGAAGGCAUAGACCGAGUCGACACAGCAUUGCCUGGCCUGCAGUCCAGUUUUGCUAAGCAAAUUCUUGCCUUGAACAAAACUACAGUCCUUGUGCUCACGAAUGGUGGUGCUUUAGCAAUUGACGAGCUCACAGAACGCUCCCAUUCAGGCUCUCCAGCAGAUGCUCCUGAGCCUGGCUACGCGAUUGUCGAAGCCUUCAAUCCAGCAGUGCUUGGUGGAAAAGCCAUUGGAGCUAGCUUGUUUGGCAUAGAGAAUCGCUGGGGGAAGCUGCCAGUCACGAUGUAUCCUCACGACUACGUUGACCAGCAGCCCAUGACAAACUAUGACAUGUCCGUCAGUCCUGGCAGGACCUACAAGUAUUAUCUGGGAACGCCGCUGUUUCCUUUCGGUUUCGGUCUGUCUCUCACAACCUUCAAGCUGAGCAGUUGCUCCAAAUCAAGCUCUGGGGUUCGUUGCGCACUGACUAACACGGGAAACAGAAAUGGAGACGAAGUCGUCCAGUUGUACCACACUGCGAAGUCAAUUGGCAAGGUGGACCAUCCUCUUCCGAAGAAGGCCUUGGUCGAUUUCACACGAGUGACCCUGACCGCAGGAAGUUCAAAGACCGUGAGUUUCGACUUUAGCGAUGAUGUCUUCAAAAUUGUCAAUAAGAAUGGCCAUCGCACACUUUAUCCAGGACUUCACGUGGUGACCAUUACCCGGGGUGAAACUUCCGAUGAGCAGGUGUUGAAUUAUACCAUUCCGGCGGAGAGAGUUGAGUUUAUUGUAUGA